CUCUCUCUCUCUGAAAGUACCACGCAGAACGACGGGUUGACAGAGUUGACUAGUUUAUAGUGUCGAGAUUUACUCCUCUUCCUCCUCUUAAAACACAGUCACUCCUCUCACGUUGCGUGCACUCAAUCUUUAGCUCCUCUCGGCUCUCUUCUCUUCUGCCUCUUCAAUUCUCAGUCAGUCGCGUCAGAACCUCAGGAGGGGGAGUACGCGUGACACAGCGCUCCCACCUGUCAGUGGCUCAGUGGCUCGCCAGACCGCCGCCAGGAGUCAUGUGGUUGUGUGACUCCUCCGUUGACGCUCGUAGAAGAGACUGAUACUGACAAAACUCGUUGUUCUUUAAUGCGUGAUUUGAAGUUUGUGUUGAAAAGUGAUACGUUAUUGUCCUUGAGUGAGUUUGUGAGGAGUACUUGUGCUGGGUUAAGUCGACCUUGAGGGACUUUUUACCAGCCUACAGGUGACCUUUGUAGGCCUCCCGUCGCGCCUUAGCACAGGGGCUGCGGAGAGGACGUGACGCUUGAAGGCAAAAAGGUGAAGGUGAAGAUGGAUGGGAAGAAGGUAGAGUGUGAGGUGGGAGAUGUGCACCAUGUACUGUACUACGGCUCAGCACACCUCCAUCAUGCCAUACGUACGCGAGUGGUGGAGCGCGGCGCGGGGCGGGACGGGCGGGUCUUUCCUUAUGUAGCCCAUUAUCUAGCCACAGGUGAGAUGCUCUACCCAGUCCACGAGGGCGAGGCGAUGGUGACGCGCCUUCUUCAGGAGCUGACUCGCCUCGACCUCGUACAAGACUUCCUUCGAACCCCAGCGGCCUCGUCUUCCGCCUCCCGCUCUGCUCAGAAGGAAGGUGGAGAGGGUCGCCUUGGCGGGGACAUGCUCAAAGUGAACACCCUCAAAGUGAACACUCGCCGCCACCCGCUCUCCUUCUCCGCCAUCCUCACGCACCUCCGCCCUGCUCACGCCCACGCACACACGCCCGCAGUCUACCGCCCCCCCUCCAAUAAGAGACAGGGAAGCACGCUGGUGGUGGUGGGACGCAGCGCCCUUCGUCUGCGGGAGGUGGUGGUGCAUGGCCCGAGGGGUGAACUGGGGCGUAUCUUCCCUAACGACCACCUGCUCCCCGCCCAUGCCCCCGCCCACGCCGCCCUCGAUGCCCAAGUGACGCCCACCCCGCCCAGCGACUCCAGCCUCUCUCCCGCCCAUGCCGCCCUUAGUAUUCUGUCCGAUAAGGGGUACACGCCGACCGUCAGGUCUUCAUGGGUGUGUGGACAGAGCGGCGCCCUCAUCACACAGUGGCUUGUGUACCGACGGAGAGGAGGCAGAAGGAAAGGAGGAGGAAGUGGAGGAGGAGUUAAGGCAGAGAAUCACAAGUCUUCCUCCUCCUUUGUCUCCUACAGUAAGCUCACAGGCACACUCUCCGCAGCCUCCACCUCCUCCCUGUUCUCUUCCUCCUUCCCCACGCUAAGGAGAGCUUCUUCCACUACGGACUUGGCUAGCGUGUCUACUACCUCCUCCUCUUCCUUCUCGUCGUCCUCGUCCUCGUCCUCGUCGUCCUUUUCCUCCUCGAGUCGGACAAUGAGGAGUAAACUGAAGACUCGGAGUAAAUCAAUCCUCACGCUUCACGACCCUCCCCCACGGCCCUCCCUAACCCUCAAACGACUACUGAGUGUAUUCUUCUGACGACCUAACCUGCUCUUACCUCUUGGCUCCCUUCCUUUUCUCUCCAUUUGCAUUUUCCACACCUUUGUACAUGACACUUCUCUCUUUUCUCGUUCUUCGUUAUCGUUUUAACCCCGUAAGUACCACGACGCGUUUCCAUAUUCAUUCUGCUUACUAUUUGGUGAUCUUAUACAGCUUAGAAACUUAUGUGUGGGAUUUAAAUAGUGAAGACUCUGGCAAUUAAUCUUCGCAGUGUCAAUAAAAUGGUCUAACCAUACACAAAAUUCAUGGUAAAAAUGCGUCUCAGUACUGAAGAUGUUAAGAGCUCAAUAUUAACCCCCAGGUCUCUUUUGUUUGUUGUCUUGUUAAUUAGGAUUGUUUGUCAGUAUAUAUUUGUUACCUACGCUCUUCUAAGGUAUCGAGCGCAUGUAUGUAUUGUGCCUUCGUAUGGUGACAUAUGUAUACGUACAUGUGAUUUGUAUACAUAUGUACGUACGUACGCUCGUGAUUUGACUUGGGCCAAGUGUGUGUGUGUGUGUGUGUGUGUGUGUGGUGUGUGUGUGUGUUUCACUGUUUGAUCUGCUGCAGUCUCUGACGAGACAGCCAGACGUUACCCUACGGAACGAGCUCAGAGCUCAUU